AUGGCUGAGAUGAGAGUGUCGAAUGAGUUCGACACUCUGUUCCCCGUUGAUAUGGAUCUGUCAUCCUUACGAAUAGUCGUCGUGGAGAGCUCUGAGAAUCGGCUCAUAGUAAAAUCAAUAAGGAAGGACUUUGAAGAAAAACUCGCAGUAUAUAACAAUGCCGAGCUCAACGUUGAUGAAGUAUACGUCCCGAGUGCAUGGCAUAUCCCCUAUGCCGUGCAGGAGAUACUACAACAACACGGUCAACGGUUCGAGCCCUUCCCGAUUGUCGUUGUUUUGGCAUGCCUUAUUGAAGAAAGCUCUACAGACUUCAGGAUGCUAUGUGAUAACGUAUCGUACGGUCUAAUGCGGAUCAGCCUUGACCAUAAAGUGCCGAUAGUUAACGGCAUGCUGAUGACAUCAACAGAGUUGCAAGCAGAGAGAAGAUGCGCGGGUCGGAGUAACGCCUUGACAGGGAACACUGAGACCUUCGGGGGAGAGUUAGCGACUGAGGCGAUUUGUAUAGGAGGAAUUAAGAGAGUUGUGAAGAACUUAGAUGCUGAUGAGGAUAUUAAGACGGAAGAUUCUGAUAUAUUGUUCUACGUUGGUGGCAUACGGAUAUUCAAUCAACCGGCGGCAGACCUCGUCAUUCGCGGUUGGGCUUCUCAGUGA